UUCUGGCUCAAACGGGCUUCUGUGUUGUAGUUCCUCGUCAGCCUCAUUUGUAGGCUUAUGAACAGCUUUGUAUUUAUAUGUGUGAAACAAAGUGCUGAAACUGUUAACUACAGGGAUUCCUUUCGUUCACCGGUGUGACUUCAUGGUGGCCGCUGUCCGCAGUCCGUGAGAGACAGUCGGGCUGCGGGAGGGAGAAGGUCGUCCCCGUUUUAAAGCAGGUCAACAGCAACGCCGUUUACAUGUUUCUGGUGGGGCUGACGGGAGGGAUAGCCUCAGGGAAGAGCACUGUCUCCUCUCAGCUGAGAGAACUCGGGUGCCCCAUCAUCGACGCCGAUGUGGUGGCUAGGAAAGUUGUGGAGCCACAUAGCCCUGCAUACAGGCUGGUGGUGCAGCACUUUGGCCAGGAGGUGCUGCUGGAGAACGGGGAGAUAGACAGGCAGAAGCUGGGACAUAUCAUCUUCUCUAGCCCAGAGAAACGCAGGCUGCUGAACUCCAUCACACACCCGGAGAUCCACAAAGCCAUGCUGAAACAGAUCCUGCUCUACUUCAUCAGAGGUUAUCGAUUUGUGGUUCUGGAUGUGCCUCUGCUGUUUGAGACGCGCCGUCUCACGCGCUUCUUAAAUCACACAGUGGUUGUCUACUGUGAUCCCGCCACGCAGCUGGCUCGGCUGAUGCACAGGGACGGUUUGAGCCAGGAGGAGGCCGAGCAGCGCAUUGCCGCGCAGAUGCCCCUGAACGAGAAGCGUGGUUUGGCUAGCCACGUGAUCGAAAACUCAGGCUCGCGUGAAGAUACACACCGCCAGGUCUUCAAACUGCACACCAAGCUGGAGGACUCCAUGGAGUUCCUGUUCGUCAGGGCCAUCGUGGUGGCAGCUGUUGCCGGCCUGGGAGGCCUCUUCCUGUACACGGUUAGACUCCUGGCGUCCUAGCCACAAGGUGGAACUUUUAAUGAGGUGCUCCUCCAGGAUGGAGCCAAGGGCUUCGAUGAAGUAACAGUGAAGGAGGGUUGAAUGUGGGUUGAAAAUGUGAAUUUAAAAAAAAAAAAUUAUUUUAGUUUUUUUAAUGUCUAAAUCAUAUAAAGCACUAACGCUAUUUUUAAUGGUUCAGAAGUUUGACAAUCUAAACCUCACAGCAAAACGACCUUCAACAUCUUGACAGAAUUAGAACUGCCAACAUAAGCGAAGUUGUGAACAGAAGUCCCAUCUUCUACAAUGAUUUUAUGUCAGAUUAGAGGUGAGUGAGUGGUAUAAUAAGAAAUUUUCACAGUACAUAGUUUGCAUUGUGAUUUGAAAACUAUGAAUACAAUAGUGCACUUAUCUAAAUCCACUUAAACAGGACUAAUUAUCUCUGUAAUGAAACAUGCAGUUGGUCAGUAUUCUUUUAAGUACUAAAGGUACCCAUGAUGCACUCAGAAAAGCAGGUGAUGUAAUUCAUCAUGAUAACAAUAAUAAUUGUCAUCACCCAUGUCAGAUCUUGUUGAGGUUUGACGCCUUGUAUGCACUGCUCUGUCCAUUGAAUAAUCAUCUGACAUUCUGCAUUCAUUCCUAGGUCAAGCAUUCCUGUCAGCCAUAGUGGUUAGCAAGCAACUUCACUAACUCUUAAACCAUCCAGCUGUGUUGGCUUUUAUACAAGCCAUGGUGGAAAACUGCUUUUCCUUCCUGGUGUAUGAACUCUGCUUUGAUGUGUCACUUAUGUGUAUGUGCUAAUAUAUAUUGCUUCAUUAUAACAUGUGUGGCUUUUAAACUGCUACAACAUGUGCGAACAAGUAGAGAUGGCAUUUCCGAUACUGAUAUCAGUGUUGGCUGAUACCGAUACAAUAUUUUUGUCUUUAACUAAUAGACCUUAAAAUGAGCUAUUUUUAAUCAACGUGGUUCACUUGAAGCUAUAUUAUGUAUGGUUUGGGGAUUUUGUGGCCUCUGUUGAAAAUGUAUAACUGCACACAAUGUGCGGAGGAACAUUUUAGCUGCGUUCCAAAGCCCAGGCUGCAGUCUAGGUAUCCUCAGGAGGACUGUCCUGUGAAGACUCCUACUUAGUAGCCUAUUGGUCACGCAAAUAGUCCUAACAAGAUUGCGUGGUGACGCCACCAGAAAUCGCCUUUUGCAAUUGCAGCACAAAACUUGAGAGAAAAUGGAGCCCAUUGCAUUGUAUUUGUUGCUAUAGUAACUAAUAAGCCAACAAACUUAUGUAGUGUGAUAAACUACAUGUAUACAAAUGCUUCUGAUUAGAAUAUGUGGAUGAAUUCUUUAAUUAGUUGUUUUACACUUUAUGUUCCAAUGAAGACUAAUUCAAAGAUGUGAAUAACUUGCAUUUUAAAACAAGCUCUGCUCCAACGGCUUAGUUUUCUGCUGUUUGUGCUGUUUUUUUUUUUUUUCUUUUCUUUUUUUUCCCCUUUGGCCUUGUUCGUGUGCAGAGCACUGUGAGUAACUGAAGGCCUAGAAGCUUGCUUUACUUGUAUCCUCAAAAUCACUCAAAACAUAGGCUGUAUGUGAAGUAUACUUUGAAUCUACCUUCUAUGACGUAGCAGCCGAGAAAUAUGGCCUUCCUAGGCUUUGGAAUGCAGCUGUUGAAAUUUUGGUUGUGUUUCGGACUCCCUCCCCAAGCGGAUGCAUCCGAUGAGGUUGAAAUAAUAUUUAAAGGAAACUCGGUGUGUCUGUUGAGGAUGUUGGUGAAUCUAUUAUUGUCAUCACAUCUUCAUCAGUAUAAAUUUCAUUUUCUCAUUUGAGAUUUAAACAUUGAGCCAGACCAUCUUUAUGAGCCUGUGUGUGUGACGACAUCAUGUAAAGACGUAUGAUGUGGAAAAAACUCCCAUGAUACGCAACCCACCAACUAACUUUUAGGCUACGUUUACACAGCAGGUAAAAGUGGCCCAAAUCCGAUCUUUUUCCUCAUAUUUGUCACAGAUGUGUCAUCUGUGUGGCUGUGUGAACAGCAAAAAGCACAUUGAAUCUGACAUUUUCAAUUCCGAUUUGAGAUGCUUUCAUAUGUGGUACUGAAAUCCGAUCCGUAUCCGAUCUGCAGCGAUGCGUCUGAACAGCCAGAUCGGAAUUCAUGCGACUUUUACAUCAGUCUAACUCGACGUUCUUCAUCAUUUCGCGCUGCUGAGGCUCAUAAACAUUCAAGCUUAUGUUUCUGUACCAAAAAAGCAGACUCAUCGCAGCUGCUCCGUGUUUAAAGAGCUUUUGAACGAAACGGUCGAGCGCUGCUGGAUGAGCCCGAGGCUGCAGCGUCAGAGAACAGUUUAAACAAUCCGAGGACACAAACCAAAGAAGUGGCCGUGGCCGAACAACGGGCCCUUUUACGGUGAACUCAAACACACUCUCUUUUUCUGUCAGUCAUUGGAACUUUAAUCGCUCCUGUGAUGCUGACGAAGAUGGAACUGAAGCUCCAGGAGUGACAGGCGUUCUCUGGCCGUCGUGACUAUUUACCUCUGGACAAGCACGAGACAUGAAGCUCUUUUCCUUUGUGCAUGCGGGUCAGUUUAGGAGCUGAUCUGAAAAUCGGAUUUGGGCUACUUUUACCUGCUGUGUAAACAUUGCCUUAGAAUAUUACUUCAGACUUUACAGGGUGACUCGCAGCACCAUGUUUUAGUGUGUUUGUCUUUUCCUCACUCAGUGAUAGUUUUAAAAAAGAAAUCUUAUGUAGUGCAGCUUUAAAUUGAGCAUCUAAAAGUAGAUUUUGGAUGAUAUAAUAGCGAUACCUGAUAUCUGAUCGAUGCCAUCUCUACUGGCAUAACUAGUUUUUAAAAUGCUGAUAUUCAGUUGAUAUUACAGUCGAUAAACGUGUUUUAGUUAUUUGCACAUUUAUCAUUUUAUGGAAAGGAAAGUAAGAGAUUGCUACUUUGACUUUACAGGGUUCAUGUGUAAUGGUAUACAUCCAAUUUUAAAUGAAGAAUACAAUUGGUAUUUGUUUAUAGGCAACAGCUGAUAACAUCUUUAAUGGUUAUGCAUUCUAUAGCCCGUUAGCUUUAGGCAAAAGUGGUAUCUUAUUUUGCAUUUUAUUUCUUGCUGAAGUUACAACAAGCUAGAACAUCUUUGUAUUAGGCUUGGCUUUCUGGAAGGGAGCAGAAGGGAUAUUUUCUUCAUGGGCCAACUGGCCUUCCGACACAUUCUGAGGUGUUCUUUGAUUUUUUAUUUUUUUUUCUUCUUAUACCUGAGGCUGAGUAUGAUGACUCAACUACUUCUCCUGGGAUUACCAUUGUAACAACAAACUCCACAAUUCAAACAGCUUAAACAUCAGUCUUUAGCCCUGACUCCCACAUGCUAACAGAGAGAAUUUUAGGGAUUUUUUUUUUUUUUUUUUUUUUUUGAGGUACAGUUACUCAGCAUGUCAUUUAAUAAUAAGUAAUUCUGCUACAGAUUUUGUAGCUCUGCUGUUAAAAUCUCUUUAGGGAUUGUCAUUGUUACAAGCCUGAGGUUGAAGUUAAUGCCAGGCAUGUAAUACCUGACAGUCAUUCCUUAUAUACAGUCUAUAAUCUGCUCUGUCAACACUAGUUUGUAGUGAAAUUAUUAUAACAGAGUGAUCUGAAUGUAACUGUUGGAAUUGAUGCUGCUCUUUGCAAACAAAAGGAAUGUAACUGGUCUAAUCUGCAGAUUAAACAAGGUGAGAUUCACUACAUCA